AUGUACAACCUCGUGAAGAAGCGUGUCAUGCCAUGCUUUGCCAUUGCACCCAUGCCAAUCGAGGCUAACACGCUCUUCAAGCUAGAUGUUGACGAUGACAUCUGGCAAGAUAUCAGCCUUGAAGACGACUAUCAGGAGGGUCCGGUGCCACUGUGGCUAGGUGAUGAGGCAGUACAAGCAGGCAUCAAGAGCUUGCUUCUGCUUGAUCAAUGCAGAGAAGAGGAUAGGAGAUUGAGAGAUGAGCAGUGUGCUAUGCAGGAGUGGAUGAAGGAAGAGUGGGCAUGUCUGGGUGCGGCAGAGCAUAAAGCACACUGGGCCCGUCGAUGCCACCUCUGCAGGCUAUGUGUCACAUGGCAAUCUCGGGUCUGCUCCAUUCUCUGCAGCCAUCCAAUGUUGAAGUCAUGGGGUCCAUCUCAAGAUGAGUUGCGUGAUGCUGCAGUAUAUAGUGUCACAGGCUUGUGGGAGGAGGAAACAGCAACAGGUGGUCAAAAGAAUGCCACAGGUGAGCAGAAUGUCAGUGAGGAUGAAGAUGAUGAGGAUUGCAAUUUCACUGAAAUUGAAGGUGAUGAGAAAGAAGGGGAACUCCUUGAUGUAGUUGAGGCUGUUGCCCUCGCUGAUGCCUAUCAUGUGUCAGUUGAGGUUGACAGUGACUCUGACAUUGGUGAGGAGGUUCUAUCAUUGACCUCUCCAGUACGAAGGACAUCUUCAAGUCCUCGCAAACGUCAUCUUAAAUAG